GCGGCAGCGAUUGCACUUGUAUUCGCACGCACGCACAGGUCUCCCAUUUUCCUCCACUUGUCUGAAACGGGAGGAAAAUGGUCAAGUGUAGAGCGUUCAUCAGGAAAUAUAUGAAUUCUGAACUCACAAACGAUAAGGAAAAUUCGAGCAUAAUUCUGUGUAACAGGAAGCGACCUGUUGAUAAAGAGUUCAUGACAAGUACAAUGGCGAGUUCGCACCGGCCGAAGUGGCGCAGGGUGUGCGACGACUGGGUCGACAGGAGACUGGAGGGCCGACAGGGCGUCACCACACCAGUCCACGUCCUGUACAACACUUACCUCAACGAGAACCCAAUGCACUACAUGGACAUAGCACAGUUCGGAAAGGUCCUGAAGUCCAGAUUCAAGAACCAGAAGUGCCGACGCGGAGGUCAAGGAGCUCAGAUUUACGUCUACAAAAAUGUCGCCAUCAAAUCCCUGGACGAAACCAAGGGUGACGUCAGUCUGUCCGGCCCUCGCCUAGCGCCCAGCAGUGAUGUCACUGCCUCCCACCCACGCCCAGCAACCACCAGCGACGCCUUUCCCCCACUCCCAUGUUCCGCCACCCUCACUGAUGUCACUCUGUCCCCCUCGCGGAGCGCCACCCCCACUGACGUCAGAGGCCCUUCUCCAACACAGCCCACCAAGAGGAAAGCUUCACCGGAGUCCUCCAUCAUUCCUAAAAAGCGAAAGUUCAUCUUCGAGAACAGCCUUCCUCAGGUCACACCUCCUGAUAGUCCUUCCGCUGAGUUCUUCGUCAGCAGGAGCGAGCACAGCGCUUCUCCUGCUGCUCCAAGUGUGGCGUCUCAGCAGGAACCAGGCGAGAGGGCAGCCUGUGGCAAGCCACCUCAAUUCCUGGCAAAUAGCCAGGCUCCAAAGUACAACCUGAGGCCAGCCUCAAAAGCGGCAUCAGUGGCACCUGAAGAGACCAUCCUUUGGGACGAGGAACAGCGUGAGAAUGGACAAGAAAGUCCAGUGGAGGCCCAGGGGAUCAGCUGCAGGAUGGCAGUAGGACGCAAGUGGGUGGACGCUCAGCUGAGGGACGAGCCUGGGGCGAGGACCUUUGCGUGGGAGGUGGCAGCAGCCUACGCCCGCGACCAUCCUGAUGAACCUCUUCCUGAUACCAGCAUUGCUGUGCUUAUCCGAAACAAAUUCCCAUCCCGAAGAAAAGUCAUCAAACAAGGUCCUGUUACUACGUAUUACUUCCAAGACCUAGAACUUGUCAAUCGCAAAGGACUAUGUGAAGUUCCAUCUGUGAAGGAGCACAAUGGGCCUCUAAACAACGUGGAGGGGAGGGCUACUCUAUCUGUCAACUCCCUUGUAUCUGGAGCAGAAGCCUCCACCCUCGUCAAUAUAUCAGAGGACGGCAAACCAAUCAGUGUUGUAAAUCCUCCAGCCCAAACUGUGUUUAUUAGAAAUGGGGUCCCAUGUGUAGUUCUGAAGGUCAAACCCUUCAUUGUUAGGCCAUCCAUCCCUCAAGGGAAAAUUAGACAUGAAGGAUCUCUUGACAAGCAGAAGGACAGCAUAUCCUAUGAGGUCCCUUAUUCAGCCAAAACGAAAAGAAAUCUUAUUCGUGUUUCACAGGCUAACAAAUCACAAAAUUCCUCAAAUUAUUUCAACUUCCAACUCACCAAUUCAGUAAAUUUAGAAGACAGAGGAACUAUUCAGAUGCCAUUCCUUCUGCCAGGAAAUAAGGCUUCACCAAGACUAACCAGAUUCGAAGUGAAGGGGAAAUCACCCAGCUCACCUGAUUAUCCACAGGCUUCAAAAAGAGGCCAUAAAAGCGAUAUGAGUGUGUUAGAAUAUAUUCAGAGUGAAAUAACUAAUAAAAAUGAUAAUGAGGUAUUUCCUACACCAACGACCACAGACUUCCAUAACACUACAGGAAGAGUUAACCAAAAAAGCAAUGACAAUGUGCAAAUAAACCCCAAACUAUAUCAACCUGAGAAAAUGCCUAAAAUUAAAUCAAAGUUGAUUAAUGAUUAUAGCGUAAGAUAUUUGGCCCAUAAAUCAAAAGUUUGGGACAAGGAGAUGAGAAAAUUUGCUUGUUUAAAUAACCAAGAUGCAAAAAUAAUCAAAAGUAAUAAAAGCAAGUUAACUGAGCAUCGCAAAGGUUCUUUGAACAAAGAUAAACAAGGCAAAAUAUCUGUUCCAAAUGAAAAUAACAACUCGAAGUCUAGGAAAAAUGUGAUCUACGAAGAGACCGAAUACAGAUUUGGACGUAUGGAGUGUAUUAAGAGAACGAUCUUGGAGACGGCACUUAAUCUGUUCUCAAAAGAAGGAGCGUCGCUGCCCGAGGGAGAGCGAGCCCGGAGGCUGGAGGCGGCCCUGUACGAGCGAAACCCAGCCGUGCAGUACAAGGACCGCGUCCCGUGGCCCUCCUCACACAGCGAGGACGCCGAGGAGUUCCCGUGUCGAGCCUCACAAGUCCUGUCGGAGGCGAGUGCGCUCGCCCAGGGGGACGCCACGCAGCUCCUGUACCACCACCAGUACUGCCCAGGCCAAGGCUGCUCCUACAACGGCGACCUGUGCCUGAGCCUGAGGGCGGCUUACACGCACAUCAGCAUCUUCCGUCACCGAUGCCACGUGUGGCACUGCUUCAGCAGCGUGCUUGCACUCCACGCCAGCUCCUGCAGCAGGGUGGACUGCCCCGUGCAGUUCUGCCUGUUCACCAAGCACGAGCUGAACAGCAGAGGAUUGCUGUCCUGGUCUGCAGUGGAGGCUGAGCGACAGCUCUUGAGGCGAGAGUUCGAGGAGUGCGAGCGCUCGGGGCGCCACGAGGCUCGGCUGCACUGCCACCACCGGCAGCGGGUCCAGCUGCCUUUGCCGAAGCCAAUGGACAAGACAUGACGUCAAAUAUCGCAGGCUAGGCCAGGGAACACAUGGCCAGAAGAAAGAAGAAAUCUUGUAGGGUUAGGGUUCGCGUGAUAGUGUAUCAGGAGAAUCGAAAAUAAAAGUGGUGGAAAUUGUUUGCAGACAGUUUAUUGCUGUUGUUUUGUUUUCUUUGCAUGAAAACAAAUAGGUUAGACAUUGUGAUAGGUAACCUAAUGCUGCGGUGUCAGAGUUAUAACAGUGAGUUGAACUUGAGCUCACAGGAUUUAUUCAGUCUGUAUUUUUUUCAUGGGAGUAUUAUGGCAAAAUAGAAAUGGUAUGGUUAUGUCUAGUCUAUGUUUGGCAGAAGAUUAAAAAAAGGAUCUACAAUUAAUUUGCUUUAAUUUUGUGCGUUGUAUGCUAGCCUGAUAUCACAAUUAUAGAGAAUUUGCAAUUACCUUUUAUGAAAGGAAUAUAAAUAUUAAAAUGCAUUUUUUAUUUCAGUUUUAAAUCCAUUUGAAGUGUACGUAAUGUUCUAUAUUACCAUGUAUAUAAUGUUAUACAGUAUAUAAGAGAUAAAAAGGGGCAAACUAAUAAUAUAAGAAUAUUCUAAAAAGAUUAGCGGCCCAUUCCAUUUUGAAGAAUCCACGGUAUGGCUGGAGUAUCAAACGGGUCACGGGCUUCAUGUUUGCCAUCCCUCACCUGUGGUAUUCCUUUGGAACAAUUAGGAUCAUUAUAUUGUGUGACUAUUUUUCCUGUAUCAUAUGCAUUGACAGAUAACGAUAUGUAUUUGGUAUGCAUAUGUAUAUGUAUGUAU